AUGGAUCAGAAACGACAUAUUAGUGGAUCACAAGCGAGAAAUUGUGUUGAAGAUAAUAAACUAGAAUCUUCAAAUGAUAUAACUAUUACUAAUAAUUGUUCUACUACUUCUACUUCUAUUCAAUGUACUGCGUCUUCUUCAGAUCCAUCAGUUGUUGAUAUAAAUGAGGAAUCAGAAAAAUCUGAGCUAAAUGUCAUUCCUAAUCCUCUUACGCAGAAUAAUACAAAUAAUUUUAAAGAUCCAGCAGAUUGGACAAAUAGUAAUAUAUGUCGUAAUUAUAUUGCAAAAUUUGGAUAUGAUCAGAACAUUGAUGCAGAUUUUACCUCAUCAAAACGAACUUAUUCUGAUUAUGAUCGUUAUUGUAGUAAAUCAAUCUUUACGAAAAAUCGAAAAAACGGAGAAAAUGUUUCACGGAAAUGGCUUGUUUAUUCAAUUUCAAAAUUUGUAUUAUUUUGUGCUCCAUGCAAAUUAUUUGGAUGCAGUACUCAACUGGGAGAUGCUGGAUUUAAUGAUUGGAAAAAUGGACAUUUAGUUAUUUCCAGGCACGAAAAUUCUUUGGCACAUAAAAAUAAUACAUUAAGUUUUAUUACAUUACAAAGUGAUGUAGGUAGAAUUGACACUCAAUUGGCAACACAAGUGACUGAUGAAAUUAAUUACUGGAAAGCUGUUCUUCAUCGAGUUGUUGAAGUAAUUAAAUUUCUCGGUGCAAAAGGUUUAUCAUUCAGAGGUGAUAAUGAACAAUUUAACAAAAUUAACAAUGGGAACUUUUUGGGAACGUUAGAGUUACUUGCUAAAUUUGACCCUUUUAUUGCUCAACAUAUAGAAAAAUAUGGGAAUAGAGGGAAAGGAACUCCGUCUUAUUUAUCAUCCACAAUCUAUGAAGAACUUUUACUUUUGAUGAAGAAUGAUAUAAUUAAAAUUAUAUUAAAAGAAUUAAAAGCAGCCAAGUAUUAUUCUUUAAUUGUUGAUUCUACACCUGAUAUAGCAAACGUCGAUCAACUUGUUAUUGCAUUAAGAUAUGUUUUACCUAGUGGUGUACCUGCAGAAAGAUUUUUAAUAUUCAUUCCAAACAGUGGUCAUAAAUCUAAAGAAAUGAGCAAUGUUGUAAUGGAUUUUCUUAAUUCACACAAUAUACCAAUUGAAAAUUGUCGUGGCCAGAGCUACGACAAUGCGAGGAAUAUGUCAGGUCAGUAUUCUGGAUUGCAGUCAAGAAUUAAAAGUUUUAAUUCAUUUGCAGAGUAUGUACCAUGUUCUGCACAUUCUCUUAACUUGGUCGGAACGUGUGCAGCAGAAAGUUGUAAUUCUGCUACUUCAUUUUUUAUGCUUCUCCAGGAACUAUACAAUUUUUUUUCUAGUUCUACUGCACGUUGGGACAUUUUAAAAACAUAUUUGAAGAAAAAUCUUAGUGUAAAAAAUUUAUCAGUAACUCGCUGGAGUGCUCGUUUUGAUUCUUGCCAUGCUUUAUUUAAUUCUUAUGCAUUUAUAAUUGAAGCUUUGCAUAGUAUAGUUGAUAAUCAGAAAGAAAAAGCUGUAUAUAAAGUAGAAGCUAAUGGGUUGCUUGCAAGAUUAAAAACUUUAGAAACUGGUUCAAUGAUAUGCAUAUGGAAUUCAAUAUUAAACAGUUUUAAUGCUACAAAUAAAAAAUUACAAUCAACUGACAUUGAUCUUCAUACAGUAUUAGAACUAUAUAAUGGCCUUGAAAAUUACUUGGUACGGAUCAGAGAUGAUUUUGAUGUUUUUGAAAAUAAGGCUGUAGAAAUUACUGGUUGUUCGGAGUAUACCAAAGAUUCCAAGAGAAAAAAAAAGAGAAAGGCUAUGGCUGAUGAAUCAAGAUCUCACAGAAAUCACAGGGAAAAUAGAUUUUAUUAGAAAUGUAUAUUAUGUGAUAAUUGAUACUCUUAAAUGUCAACUUAUGGUAGU